AUCGUCUCAAACGGAGACCUCGGAGAUGGUUUCAUUCCAAACUUAGAAGCCACAAGGAAGAGAGAGAGAGAGAGGGGCAGCGAUUUUCACCUCUGGAGUAACCAAACAUUCAGAAUAUGGCAAUUGACUGUCUGGUUUUGGGGGCGGGGCAAGAGGUGGGGAAGAGUUGCGUGGUGGCGACGAUUAAUGGAAAGCGGAUAAUGUUCGACUGCGGCAUGCACAUGGGCUUCCUGGAUCACCGCCGCUAUCCUGAUUUCUCGAUGAUCUCUCCGUCUGGUGAUUUCACUACUGCCCUAUCUUGCAUCAUUAUCACCCAUUUCCACUUGGAUCAUAUAGGAGCUCUUCCAUAUUUCACUGAAGUUUGUGGGUAUAAUGGGCCAAUUUACAUGACGUAUCCCACAAAAGCUCUGGGUCCACUAAUGCUGGAAGAUUACCGUAAAGUAAUGGUUGAUAGGAGGGGAGAAGAAGAGCAAUUUACUGCUGAAAAUAUCAUGGAAUGCAUGAAGAAAGUUAUAGCGGUGGACGUGAAGCAAACCGUGCAAGUUGACAACGAUCUACAGAUUCGUGCAUACUAUGCGGGACAUGUCCUUGGAGCUGCAAUGUUCUAUGCAAGGGUAGGAGAUGCCGCUAUGGUAUAUACAGGAGAUUACAACAUGACACCUGACCGACAUCUUGGGUCUGCUCAAAUUGACCGGCUGCAGUUGGACCUCGUAAUUACUGAGUCAACUUAUGCAAAUACAUUUCGUGAUUCAAAAUAUGCUCGUGAAAGAGAGUUUCUGCAAGCAGUUCACAGUUGUGUUGCUGCUGGGGGGAAGGUGCUAAUUCCUACAUUUGCCUUGGGCAGAGCUCAGGAAAUAUGUAUGCUCCUCGAUGACUAUUGGGAGCGUAUGAAUCUUAAAGUUCCUAUUUAUUUUUCAGCAGGUUUGACUGUCCAGGCUAACAUGUAUUACAAGAUGCUCAUUAACUGGACCAGCCAAAAGUAUGCAGUUUUGAUCGGUCACUCAUCAAUGCUUCUGGGCCUUGUGUACUCUUUGCUACUCCGGGAAUGAUAAGUGGAGGGUUUUCUCUUGAAGUUUUUAAGCAGUGGGCUCCGUGUGAAGAUAACCUCAUUACACUUCCUGGGUUGGUUUGAAAAGGGAGCGUGAAAUGACUUGGUCAAUAGUUCAUAUGAUUACCAGCAAAUGAAGGUGGAUGCUUUGA